CGCUGGGCACAGAUGCGGCCGGGCGAAGGCGGAGGGGCCGGCGCGGGGCUGGGGCUGCCCCCGCACGCCUAGGGGGGCUCGGAGCUGGAGAUGAAGGCGGUGGCCUGACACCGAGGGCCGUUCCGUUCACGAGAGGGAGCCCCCGGCCAUGGGCAGUCACGAGAAGGAGCCAGCCUCCCCCCGGAGGGUGCCGUCCAGGUCCAACAGCACCGUGUCUUCCAAGCACAGCAGCGCUCACCAGGGCUCUGAGUGCUGGGAGGUGGUGGACGAGCCCCGGAGCAGGACCGGGCCCGGCCAGGAGCUGGAGCGGCACGAGGGCUACCUGCUGAAGAAGAGGAAGUGGCCCCUGAAGGGCUGGCAUAAGAGAUACUUCAUGCUGGAGGAGGGGAUCCUGAAAUACGCCACCACGCGCCAGGAUGUCCUCAAGGGCAAACUGCACGGCUCCGUCGACGUCCGUCUGGCCGUCAUGUCCAUCAACAGGAAAGCGCAGCGCGUGGACCUGGACACGGAGGAGAACAUCUACCACCUCAAGAUCAAAUCCCAAGAGCUCUUUACCAGCUGGGUGGCCAAGCUGUGCUCCCACCGCCUGGUGGAGAAGCCCAAGUGCCCUGCGCCCAUGGGGGGCCCGGACGGGCGAGUCCCGCCCCCCGCCCAGGGCUACGGCUCCCGGAACCGCGUCCUGCCGUCGGACGGCGCCCCGGCCCUGUCAGCGCUGACCAGCCCCCGGGACAAGGUGAACGCCUGGCUGAAGGACAGCGAGGGGCUGGAUAGGUGCUCGGCAGAGCUCUCCGAGUGCCAGGGGAAGCUGCAGGAGCUGGACAAGAUGCUCCAGAGCCUGGAGACCUUGCACCGCAUCCCGUCCGUGCCCCUCAUCUCCAACAGCCAGACCUCGGCAGCUGCAGAGAGACCCAAAAAGGGGAAGCGAACCACCAGGAUGUGGUGCACCCAGAGCUUUGCCAAAGACGACACCAUCGGCAGGGUGGGCCGUCUGCAUGGCUCCGUCCCCAACCUCUCGCGCUACCUGGAGUCGAGCCAGAGCCAGCCGGCCUUCAGUCUCCCCCCGGAGUACAGCCAGCUGCAAAGGAGCUUCUGGAUCCUGGCCCAGAAAGUGCACGGGUCCCUCAGCAGCGUGGUGGCCGCGCUGACCGCGGAGAGGAAUCGCCUCCAGGAGAUGCGGCGGGCGCUGGAUUUGCAACGCCGGGCGGGCGGCGCCAGGAACGCAGCCGCGGCCGGGGCUCCCUCGCACAACCCGGACCACACGGAGUAUCUGCGGCGUUUCCACUCCCUCUCCAUCUCCUCCGACGCCACGCUCGCCUCGUUCACCUCGCUGCACCCGGACGAGCCUGAUGCCCACCUGGCCAAGGGGCGGGAGCAGCAACUGUCCAACCGCAGCAUCGUCUCGCUCUCGGACUCGCACACCGAGUUCUUCGACGCCUGCGAGGUCUUCCUGUCCGCCAGCUCCUCCGAGAACGAGGUUGUGUCAGGCGUCUAUUGCUUCCCUCUGGGGUCCGGCCGAGGCGCGGCGGACGGGGGGCCUGCGCCGUGCGCGUCCGAGCCGGGAGGGGGGGCGCUGCCGGCUCCCCUGCCCUUGCCCCUGCCCGUGCUGCUGCCCGCGAGGCUCCCGCGCCGGAGCUGCCUGCCGGCCCCCAGCGUCCCCGCCGGCGACGUCAGCCUGUGGAACAUCCUGCGCAACAACGUGGGCAAGGACCUGUCCAAGGUGUCCAUGCCGGUGCAGCUCAACGAGCCACUCAACACCCUGCAGCGGCUCUGCGAGGAGCUGGAGUACAGCGCCCUGCUGGACGCCGCCAGCCGCUGCGCCGACCCCUGCGAGCGCCUGGUCUGCGUCGCUGCCUUUGCUGUCUCUGCCUACGCUUCCACCUAUUACCGUGCGGGCAGCAAACCCUUUAACCCCGUCCUGGGCGAGACCUAUGAGUGCGUUCGGCCGGACAAAGGCUUCCGCUUCAUCAGCGAGCAGGUUUGCCACCACCCGCCCGUCUCCGCCUGCCACGCAGAGUCAGACAACUUCAUCUUCUGGCAAGACAUGAAGUGGAAAAAUAAAUUCUGGGGCAAGUCCCUGGAGAUCGUCCCUGUGGGGACCGUGAACGUCAAGCUGCCCAGGUUCGGGGACCACUUCGAGUGGAACAAGGUGACGUCCUGUAUCCACAACAUCCUGAGCGGGCAGCGAUGGAUCGAGCAUUACGGCGAAGUCCUGAUCCGCAACGUCCGGGACAGCAGCUACCACUGCAAGAUCACCUUCUGCAAGGCCCGGUACUGGAGCUCCAGCGUGAACGAGGUGCAGGGGGCCGUGCUGAGCCGCGGGGGGCAGGUGAUCCACCGGCUCUUCGGCAAGUGGCACGAGGGGCUGUACCGCGGCGCCUCCCCUGCCGGGCAGUGCCUCUGGAAACCCAACCCCAUGCCCCGAGAGCUCGAGAAGAACUACGGCUUCACGCAGUUCGCCCUGGAGCUGAACGAGCUGACGCCGGAGCUCAAGCGUUUCCUGCCCUCCACGGACACGCGGCUGCGCCCCGACCAGCGGUAUCUGGAGGAAGGCAACGUGCAGGCGGCAGAGUCCCAGAAGCGCCGGAUCGAGCAGCUGCAGAGAGACCGGCGCAGGGUCAUGGAGGAUAACAACAUCUUCCACCAGGCGCGUUUCUUCAGGCAGCAGACGGACCCCGGCGGCAAGGAGUCCUGGCUCAGCAACGACACCUACUGGAAGCUGCGGGCGGAGCCCGGCUACGCCAACCUCGACAGCCCCGUGCUGUGGUAGCAGCGGCCUCCGGGGGCCGCCCUGCCCAGCUCUCUGGGCCCCUGCCUCCCAGGCACGUAGGGACUAGUGGGCAGGGUCUGGGGGCACCACAGCGCUGGGCAGUGCCCCCCAGUGGACAGGGUGAAGAUGCCGCGGGUGAAAGGUGUCCUGGCCCUUCCCGGGUCCACCCUGCUCCCAUCCCAUCCCCAUCGCUGCUGUCUGCUGGCCGGGCAGCCUGCGCCCGCUGGCACCUCGAGGACUGCUGGGGGUGCCAACCCGAUGCACUUACUUCUGCCUUCCCCCCCCACGGGGGGGCACCGUGAUCUGGGGGGUGGGGGGGGAAGCUUUGAUUUUUCAAAUGCUUUGUAUUAAUUUCACAAAACUGUGCAGAGGGGCCUGGAUCCAGGGGGCGAGUGAACAGCAGAAGAUGGGACGGUCUGCAUAGCAGGGGCCCGGAUCUUCCUGCAGGGAAAAGCCAUUCCUCAGCAUAGCCCCAGCCUUGGAGCUGGGAGCAUCCAGGCAAUGACCUGAGCAGCUGUGUUACCUAAUGGUUGGAGCCAGGACUCCUGGGUUCCAUUCCCAGCUCCAGGCCGGGAGUGGAGUCUAGUGGUUAGAGGUGAGGAGAGUGGGGAGGGUUCAGUUCCUGGCUCGCCCAGGGCUGUACGGAUGGGUGAGGGGCAGGACGUGGGCGUUAAGGACUGGCUGUAGCGCCCUCGGGCACCCCUCUGUUCCGGUGCUGGCGUGUUCUCUGCUGCGGAGCUGGGAGUUGUUCCCCUUGGGCCCCCGAAUCUGCUCAGGGCCGGAGGCAGCCCUUUUCUCUCCCGUUUUUGGGAGGCCGCGGGGUGCAGGUUCAGAAAGGACCCCUUGGGCUCUGAUGCUUCGGGGGGUGUCCUGAGCAGGAGCUGCUGGAGUGCUCCCCUCAGUUACCCAUAGGGGGCACCGUGGAGCUUCCCUCACCUGCCAGCAUGGGGGGCAGGGAUCCCCCGUGUGGCUUGGGGUCGCCUGCAGGCGGGCAGACCUCGCGCCCUCCCUCCAGGCCCUGUCGGGCUGGGUUUGGCCUUUUGUUUGAUCAAACAUUCCACCCCUCUAAUAAAGCAUCCGGAAGAGCCUGAGUGGAGAGUCUCCUUCACCAUCCCCCCCCUGCCCCCACCUUUCCUCUCCCCCACCCUACUUGGGGGGAGGUUCUUCCUCUCUGCAAACCAGGUCCCCUCCAGCCCACCCACGGGCUCCUGUCUAUGGG